GUCCUCCACUAUUCGCUAUGAAGCUCAUCCAUGUGGCACUCUACUGCUAUGGCUUACUGGCCACCGUCAGUGGACUCAGCUUUACGGUCACCUCAAGGAUCUUCAUGGACGUGAAACAUAAUAAGCAGCCCAUAGGGCGGAUCACCUUCGGCCUGUUUGGAAAGCUGGCCCCCAAGACGGUGGCCAACUUCCGGCAUAUUUGCCUGCGCGGAAUCAACGGUACCAGCUACGUGGGUGCCCGCUUCCACCGGGUGGUGGAUCGAUUUCUGGUUCAAGGCGGAGACAUCCUACACGGCGACGGUACCGGCUCCAUUAGCAUCUACGGCGACUACUUUGAGGAUGAGGACAAGGCCCUGGCAGUUGAGCAUAACCGUCCCGGGUAUCUGGGCAUGGCGAACCGGGGACCAGAUACCAACGGAUGCCAGUUUUAUGUAACGACAGUUGGUGCCAAGUGGCUGGACGGUAAACACACGGUCUUCGGAAAGGUUCUCGAGGGCAUGGACACAAUCUAUGCCAUAGAAGAUGUAAAAACAGACACGGAUGACUUUCCCGUGCAGCCGGUCGUCAUCUCCAACUGCGGUGAGAUUCCCACCGAGCAGUUCGAGUUCUAUCCAGACGACUAUAACAUACUCGGGUGGAUCAAAGCGGCGGGUCUGCCCGUGACAAGCUCCUUUCUCGUGUUACUCAUCUUUCACUAUUUCUUUCGACAGCUGAACAUGUACUGUUGAACCCCACCUCCCAAAACGAAGGAAGAGCUUUAUUAAUGCACAUAAACACAAUAUAUAAACCGUAAUAUUCAA